CAAUUUGGAAAAGAAGAUGGAGAAUAUGGAAAAGAAAAUCAAUACUUUGUGGAAUUGGCAAUCAACGAUGAAGUGGCAGAAAGACAGGACAAGAUAGAAAAACAAAUAGAGCAUAUGGGAAGAAUGUUAAGCGAUUUAUUGGAGAACGGCCAGUCUGCAAUCACCAAAAAAAGACAACAACCACAGAGGCAAUAG